CCAUUUCUGGUAUGUCGAGUAAUGCAAGUUGGUGACGUUGAAUAAUCACAGCUCAUGACAUGUGAAAACUUUGGAUGAUAAAUGUGUGCGGAUGUGCACCUAAGUAGUUGAACAUGGCUGUUUGUCUACUUGUCUCUUUCAGUCGGUAAUAGAAAACAUUUUUCCUGUGUUUUUUCCGAUUGGUAACAUUGCAUACUUUUGCACGGCAUUGAUCAUAUCUCUAUUAACAUGUCCUCUCACUAAUUUACGCUAUUUGAAUAGUUUGACAAGAUUUUUUUUUUUGACAAUAAUUUUCUACAAACCUAAUACACUGCCGAGCAAUUCACUGGACCAAAACCUAGAGUUAAAUAUAAAGUCCCCGAAAAGUUCUUACCCAUGUAAAACUGAAUCUAUGAAAACUAGCUAUAUCCUGGUACCAAAUACAUAUGUAAAAAGGCAUUAUUAAGCAGUGUGUAAGCUCACGGGCGCAAUUAUAAAGCCAUGACUUUAUUGGGAAAACAUCACUUUCUACUACAAUUACGCAGCUUGUUCUCUCAAAAUUGCGUACUAUAAUUACUCUCUCUCUCUCUCUCUCUCUUAAUAUAUAGAGAGAUGUGGAGUGAAACAAAAAGAGAAACAUAGCAGCAUAUAUAAAAGCUUAAAAGAGAAGAAAAAAGAAUGGAGAGGGAAAAAGAAAUAGGAGAAGGAAGCUCAUUGUCGUUGAGGGAAAAACGAAACCUCAGGGAGAAAGAGCGACGAAUGCGUAUGAAAGAUCUAUUCUGUUUACUCUCUUCCCAUGUUUCUCCCACUCGUAGGUUACCAGUGCCCCAACUUAUAGAUCAAGCGACAUCGUACAUGAUCCAGUUGAAAGAGAAAGUAACGUAUUUAAAGGAGAAGAAAAAAACAUUGCUAGAAGGAGAAGUCGGGUGUCGCUCAGAACGAUCGUCGUCGUCUCUUUUGCCAAAACUCAGUAUCCAUUCACGGGGUUCGAUCAUAGAGAUGAACCUGAUUAUCAGUGUUAACAUGAAAAGAUUAACGUUACACGAGCUCUUGGGAGUUUUUGAAGAAGAAGGAGCUCAAGUUAUGAGUGCUAAUCUCCAGAACUUGAAUGAUAGGACCGCUUAUACAAUCAUCGCCCAGGCAAUCAUAUCACGGAUCGGCAUUGAUCCAUCAAGAAUAGAAAAGAGAGCAAGGGAUAUCAUCUUUUAAUAUGUUUUUCCCAAGUCAUUGAUAAAAGGAAACACAAGAUUUCAAAGUUCAAAUUCGAAAGUUUACUAUUCAUAAUUAUAAGUUUGUUUUAAACCGAACUUGUUGGGAAAGAUAUUGUCGACGACCCUGCAUACAUUAAUAUCCCGAUGGUUUAUAUGAAACUGAAAUAUGAUGCAGCCUAGAAGUAGAAUAACUAUGCAUUGUUUUUCUCCUUUUUUGGCUGACAUCGAAUAA